UGGGUUCAACCUUUUAAGAAUCUUGGUGUUCUUGGAUAUUCUCGUUCUUGGUACUUAGGUACCACCUGGUAGUACACCGUAGAUCAACGAACUUUGGUUCAAAGUCCAUUGUAACCUUGAAUAUUUGCUGACACGUCGUUUCACAGUGUGACGAGACGAGACCAGAAUGCGAUAAUUGCAUUAAGCAUACUCUGGAAUGUGUAUAUGCGCCUUUGAAAGUACCCGUCGCUGGAACAGCGACGUCUUUCUCGUCUAGUGCUCUUCCAAACUUGCAUUGUGUCGACCUGGAACUCCUACACAAUAAUUGCACAUCUACAGCUUUGACUUUGCAUCGUGAUCCUGCGACGAUUAGGCUGUGGAGCAUCACAGUGCCGCAGUUUGGGUUUGUCCAUGACUAUGUUAUGCAUGGAAUUUUAGCUUUAUCUGCACUACACAUGGGCUAUUGUUUCCCGGCACGAAAAGGAUUUUGUACAGAACAAGCAACACUUCAUCAUAAGUCCGGCCUAUCCAAGGCGACUCCCGCCCUGAGAGAAUUUGCAGAAGAAAAUGCUUCGGCAAUGUACCUAUUUUCAGCGCUGACAUGUCUCUACACAUACACGACAAUUGGCCAGACUGAUGCCUCUGUUCUCGGCGGCGAAUCUAGCUGGAUCUUUUUGUCUCGGCAAAGCUAUUCUCUGAUCCGCAUGGCUGAUGAAGCCCUUCGAUCAGGUCCACUUGGCCCCCUGUUUUUAGCUGGCGAGCGCAGAACUCGGCUAAGGGAUAUCGUGGCAGAGUCAACUGCUUCUUUCGCUGAGGCAGACCGGCUGAUGGAACUUUCUGCACAAAUCGAGGGAAGCGUUUCAGAUCCAGAAGCGCUUCAAGUGUAUAAUACUGCUAUCAAUGACAUGAUAAAGAUAUUCAAAGUUAUCAACAGCUUGCCAGAGGAGUUGCGAGAAGUAUCGGAUGUUUUCCGGUGGCCAUUUCAGCUGAAAGAUGGUUUCCUUGAGCGCCUGCAGGUACCAACGCAGGAGACCUUGGUGAUAAUUGCUCAUUUUGCAACGAUACCCGAGUAUCUUAGUUCAAAGUGGUGGCUCGAGGGCUUUGGCAGACGAUUGAUGGCCAAAAUAUGGCCCUUGAUUGAUCAAGAGCAUUUGUCAUGGAUACAAUGGCCGAUGCGACAGCUGGGCAUCACAAGUGAAGGGGAGUUGCUGGCUUGGUCAAGCUACGGUACGCCCAUGGAUAUCGGAUCAUGA